AGUCUCAAUUGAAUUUGCGAUGCGACCAGAGUGAUCACGGUGAAUAAUUCUAAUGGAUUUUGAUAAAAUUUUAGAAGAGAUUGGCGAUUUUGGUCGAUAUCAAAAGAUCAAAUAUUAUUUGCUUUGUUUGCCAGUGUUUUUCGCAGCAGCCAACAGUCUCUCUUAUGUGUUCACAGUUGGUCACCAGCACUAUCGUUGUUUGAUACCCGAAUGCGAAUCAGCAGAGACCGCACAUUAUGACACAAAUUGGUUACCACAUGCUUUGCCUGGUGAAAUACAACUUGACGGAACAUACAAAAUUGAUCAUUGCAAUCGAUUCAAACCAAUUGUUAAUGGAUCGAAAUAUUUCGGUGAAACUUGUUCAGUGCUGAUGUUCAGCAAGGAAACAAUCAAAUGUAAUCAAUGGGUUUUCGAUAAAAGUUCAUACACGAUUGCUGAAGCAUGGAAUAUUGUUUGUGAAGAAAAUAAAUGGAAAUUGGCGCUAGUCGGAACAGCACAUUUUGCUGGUGUCAUUGUUGGGUCUCUUUGGAUGGCAUUUGGCGAUCAUCUCGGUCGUAAAAUUACGCUGAUUCUCGCCACUUUCUUUAUGUCUCUAACGGGCAUUGGACAAGCUUUGUCGACUAGUUACGAGAUGUUUGUAACAUUUGCCUUUCUUAAUGCUGUCGGCCUUUCGGGAAUUUAUCCGCUAGCUUUCAUCAUGGGCUUAGAAAUGGUUGGAAAAACUAAGCGGGGUGUUGCUGGGAUUAUUUGCAAUUAUUUCUACUCGAUUGGUGUUGCACUUCUCGGAGUCAUGGCCUAUUUUUACACAAACUAUAUUGUUCUUCAACUACUGAUCUCAAUUCCACCAAUGAUCUUAUUUAUUUAUUAUUGGAUUAUUCCUGAAAGUGUCCGAUGGUUGUUAGCAAAAAAUAAGAAUAAGCGAGCGAUUAAGAUCAUUGAGAAAGCAGCUGAAGUUAAUGGAACAAAAAUUUCAGAGGAAACUUUGAAAAAUUUUAGAGAACUUGAAGUUGCUGAAGAAAAUUCAUCAGCUAACAAGAGAAUUGAUGAAAGUAAAAGUGAAAUAUUUCCUGCACUUCGAGAAAUGCUUACUACACCCGUAAUGGUGUUGCGAAUCUUGAUUCUACUUUACAACUUUGCAGUCAACGCAUUGAUUUAUUUCGGUUUAUCUUUAAAUUCUGUGAGUUUAAGCGGCAACAAAUAUUUCAACUUCGUUCUUGUUAGUCUCGUUGAGAUUCCAGGUUACUAUGUCGGUCUUUUAGCGAUUGAAAAGUUUGGCCGAGUACCCACUUUCUCUGGUGCAAUGUUCAUAUGUGGCAUCACUUGUGCUCUAUGCGGCUAUGCAGAUGUUUUGUGGCUUCAAAUUGCUUUGUUUUUGAUUGGAAAAUUAGGGAUCACGUGUUCAUUCUCAGUCACAUACAUUCAUUCAAGUGAAAUGAUGCCAACAGUGAUAAGAUCAAGUUGUAUUGGAUUUUUUGCAACAAUGUCGAGAGUUGGAUCAUUGGCAUCGCCAUUCGCACCAUUUUUGGAAAUUUACUACAAGCCGCUACCGUAUUUGGUGUUUGGAUUUUUGGCAUUCGUGGGCGGUAUUUUGUAUCUUUAUCUCCCCGAAACUCUCAAUAGAAAAUUACCGAAUACUGUUGAAGAAGCAAUGCGAAUAAGGUUCCAAGCAGACCUCAAUGGGGAAACUCCAUUAAAUGAAAAAGUCACUAAACCUGAAUAAAUUUUAUUUAAGAAUUUAUCGUCACAUAAAUUUCAUGUUGCAGGGCAAUCAAUAAAUGAUUUUUUUUUGUUUUAGAAGAAUUUAAGAAGAGUGUAAUAAAGUAAAGUUCU